AUGUCAUUCAUGAUGUUAAAAGUGGACAUGAGUCUAAUGUUGACUUCAUUAUCCUAUAUCUUGUGUACAUGUAUUUUCAGUAUGAAAUAUUUCAGUUUUUUAUUUCAUAUUAAAGAUGUAAAAGUUCUUUUAGAUGAAAUUAAAAAAGAUUGGAAUUCGUUAAAGAAUAUUGAAGAACUCCAAAUCAUUCAUGAAUACUCUAAAACCACAAAAGGAAUAACAAUAUGUUUCGUUAGAUUAGGAAUUAUAGCUACUGAAACAACAUCUAUGGCUGUAAUGCAACAUCUUUGUGGAUUACUAAAGAUUAUUAGCUUCCGUAUAAGUCAUACAUUUGUUGCAAAUAUACCAAGAGUAUCUUUUACAGAAAGAAAUAUAAUAAUCCGCAAAAAAGUGAUGUCAAUCGUGUAUUUACAUGUAAAAAUCAAAAAUUAUAUCAACUCGAUUCAAGAAAAGAUAAUAAUGUCCUAUAACUUUUUAUUGUUAUUUGGUUUGAUUGAAUUUAGUAUUUCUAUGUAUGAACUUACUAAAUCAAUAAUAUCCAAUAAUACAAAUGAAUUAAUUUCAUCUCUAUUCUUUAUAAUUUGCAUUACUAUUUAUGGAUUUAUUCCCAAUCAUUUUGCGCAAAAGAUAAUCAAUCACAGUUCUAAUAUUUUUAUAGAUGCAUACAACACAGAAUGGUACAAACUCCCAAUAAUAGAACAAAAAUUAUUAUUGUUCAUCAUGCAAAAUAAUUUGAAAAGUUUAAAUUUCGUAUUAUUGGGUUCGAUGGUUGCAUCUUAUGAUGUAUAUACAACGGUAAAGAAAAUGAUUAAAAUAAUAAUAAUUAAUAAUAACAAUAAUCUCAUUGUAUGUAGCCGUUUAUUAAAACAAAAUCAUUUCAGAUAUUACGUACGGCAUUUUCAUAUUUUAUGGUCAUUUAUUCUAUUGAUUCUACUAACUGAAUUUGACAAAACUGAUGAAUAAUCGUAUAAUUGAUUAUAAAUGAAUAUUUGAAAAAAUUUCUCUUAUUCAAGU